GACUCUCAUCCAGCACACCACGAUCCGCCGUCCGCAAAGCACACAGAGAAAUGUCGACCGCACCUCCAAUUCCAACGCACCCGCCACCAGACAAAGAUCCGCCUUCCCAGACCUCAUCAUCCUCUUCACCAACACCCACGCCCCAACCUCAACCUCCCCAACGAACCAGCUCCGAAAUCCCUCCCUCCCACACCCCGCAAACCUCACACUCCCUCUCCACGGGGGAGACUCCCACCCAGCAGCAACCUCCACCGCGGCCCUCCCCCCUCCGCCAAAACACCGCCGAUUCCCAGCAACAACAACAACAAGCCGCACCCAGCCUCACGCUCCCCUCGACCUCAACCGUGACACCCGCCCCGCUCUCCACUGCCUCGCGGCCUCCUACCUUCCACCCCUUCUUCACACUAAUCAACGAUCCUGGGACCGGAACCACGCAUCACCCUCGCCAGAUACACUAUCUAUUCAGCGACGACGACGAGAGCGAGAUCUUGACCUCUGCAUGUCUGCGCUCUUUACAUCCCACCAACACCAACACCAACAGUAAUACUAGCAGUCCAUCCACAUCCCAGAAACUGCCCUCCUCCUUCACAUCAUCGAGUUCCUCAACCGCUGCCGCUAUUGCCGCUGCUGCAACGCGCCGCGAAGCUCCGGCUCCGGCUCCCGCUCCCGCUCCCUCGCAGCAAAGAGAAGAGAGGGUGAUCCUGGUCGAUAUGAACACUACCGGGGACGCGAUCCAGCAAAUCCACAGUCUGAGCGCGAACUGGCAAGUUCUAUCAGCGAGUCUCGAGAAGGCGCCGACGUGGGCGGGCGGGGAUGAAGAUGCGGUUGGAGGGGAAGGCGAUAAGGAAGGUGGAGGAGGAGGAGGUGGUGGAUUGAUGUUGAGGAUUGAGGGCGUGGGUAUGGAUGGCAAGAGUGGUGAUGAUGGGCUGGGUAUUGGAAUGAUGAGGGGUAGUGCGAGUGCUGCGGUGUUGAGCGACGAGGAGAUGCAGAGCUUGCUAGAGGGAUUUGAUAGGAAGAUGGGUAUGUUAAGGAAGAUUGUGGGCGCGGGUGAACAGUUCAUGGCGAGAGCGGGGGAGAAAGAAGAGAGGGGUAAAGAGAAAGGGGAGAAGGAAGAAGAAACCGGGAAGGAAGAAUGAACACACACGCGCACAUCUCAAUUCUCUAAUGUUAUUACUAUAUAUCGGGACAAAGGCAGGCGAGGGAGGCAUGGUGUUUCCGGCAUUGCUUUUAUAUGAGAAAAACAUAUCAGGACCCUGAAAAAGGGGUUUAUCAUAUUUUAGGAGUGUUAUGUUAUUUCAGGCAAUAUUUUUCUUUCUUUCUUACUUACCUCUUACCAACUACCUAGGUACCCAAGGUAUUCUUUCAAUUCAACCUCCCCUUUCUCCCCUC